GCUUAAAGCGAUGCUUCAGGUGCGCCAAGUACCUCCCCCAAGACACGUGCUUUGCAAAGAGGGCGAGACACGAGUAUUUUCGGGACGAUGAUGAUAAAGCGUUAAGCGGCCCCACCAUGAUGAAUUUAAAUCUCCAAAUUACCCCCGCCGGAGUUAUCUUCAAAACAAAGAAGCAUUUGAAAGCCGAAACGGCGGAGACACCCAUCAACUAUCAGAAUGGCCGGUGAGAGUUUAACGCGCGCCGCGCUAAUCCUCAGUGCACUAACGUGCGCACUCUUCCAGCUCUCUUCACCUUCCACGGACUUUAAUAUCCGACAAGUCACCGACAACGAAAUCGGUGGCGCCGCCGCUAACCUCCUCGGCUCUCCGACUGAGGUGCGAUUCAAAUCCUUCUUGCUGGAGUAUGGGAAAGAGUACCCCACGCACGGGGAAUACGUGGACCGUCUGGGAGUGUUCGCGAAAAACCUGAUCAGGGCGGCGGAACACCAAAUCAUGGACCCCACAGCCGUCCACGGCGUCACUCCGUUCUCAGACCUCACCGAGGACGAGUUUGAAAGGAUGUACAUGGGAUUCAGCGGCAGAGGACGGGCUUCCCUACUCGGAGGCAGCACGGAAGCGCCGCUCCUGGACGUUGAGGGCUUGCCGGUAAAUUUUGACUGGAGGGAUAAAGGGGCUGUAACUGAAGUUAAGAUGCAGGGUUCUUGUGGGUCAUGUUGGGCCUUUAGCACCACAGGAGCCAUUGAAGGAGCUAACUUCCUUGCAACAGGGAAGCUACUCAAUCUCAGUGAGCAACAACUUGUGGAUUGUGAUCACAUGUGUGAUAUACACGACAGGAGUUCUUGUGAUGAUGGAUGUUCAGGAGGCCUUAUGACAAAUGCUUACAAGUAUCUGAUAGAGUCUGGAGGUAUAGAGGAAGAUGCCUCUUAUCCUUACACUGGAAAAGGCGGCGAAUGCAAAUUUCAAUCAGAGAAAGUGGUGGUCAAGGUUGGGAAUUUCACCACAGUUCCGGCUGAUGAGGGCCAAAUGGCUGCUUAUUUGGUUAAUCAUGGCCCUCUUGCUGUGGGGAUAAAUGCAAGAUACAUGCAGACAUACAUGGGAGGUGUUUCAUGCCCACUCAUAUGUAGCAAGAGGCUGCUGAACCAUGGGGUUCUACUUGUUGGUUAUGGUUCAAAAGGAUUCUCCAUCCUGAGGUUAGGCUACAGGCCGUAUUGGAUCAUCAAGAACUCGUGGGGAAAGAAUUGGGGAGAGGAAGGAUAUUUCCGGAUGUGCAGAGGCCAUGGCAUGUGCGGAAUCACCUCCAUGGCCUCUGCUGUGAUCACUCGGGCCUAGCUUGCCCCCCUCUUAAGCCACACUGUUUGUAACUUUAUUACUGUAUAGUGUGUGUUUUGGUCAAAAAGGAAAAAUUAGUGUACUGUAAAAGGCCAGGUAAGGCAUGUAACAUGGCAACUGUAGAAACUUUGAUUCCCUCUAAAUAAUGCUUGGAACAUGGUAACAUGCGUACAUAUUGCGUUUUUAAUGUUGUCUUAAUUUUACUAUGAGGAGUCCAAAAAUCAAC